GUGGAUAGUUCAGGCGAUGAAGAACCCACUUCGAGAUUCUGCUGCAAGUACAAAAAGGAGAACAAGCGUGUUCGGGUAAGUAUUUUCGGGCUGCGUUUAAAAUAACCUGUGCAAGUUGGCACGAACCUUUCAGUGAAAUGGCACAAACCAUAUAGGAAAUGUUAUGAGCAAUUUGCGACGUUAUUCGUUGUGAUGCAGAAGUAACCGCUGAGUCUCCUGUUUUUGGGGAUUGUUUUAAUGGUAAAAUUUUCUUAUCGUUUUCAAAAUUUUACUUGACAGAACUUGAAUUGUUUAAGUGGACUGUUAACGCGAAAACCAAUGCUUGCGUAGAUGGCCAGAUCUCGCGUUCCGAUCACGAUCGUGAAAAUAAGAGCACGUGAGAAGGAUCUAUUUUCACGGGCGACAAAAAUCAAAUUUUUGUCAGGUAAUUUGGAACUUUGAAUCCAUAAAAUUGAAGUUUGAAUCUUUUGGCUUUCGACGGCUUACAAUGGGCCAAUGUUACCCCAUUUAAGCCUGUACUGCUAUAUUAGUCACGCGCUUCAGUUCAUCUGUUAAAAAUACACUUUUUAGUAUCUGGAAGCAGAGGGUUUUGAAGUUAAAUUAACUUGGAAAAAUAUUUGAUUGGUAGAAAAUCCCGGGAGUGUAAUAUAAAAUGAUUUGAUUUAUAAAACGCAACAUGCACUGUGAAGAGGAGUCCUCAGUUCUCCCUUUAGGUUGAUUCCCGUAUAGAGAAGUAGGCCUCUUGCAAAAAAGAAAAUUGGUUGGGUCCUCUGCUAGUGCUUGUUUCCUGAAUUUGACGUCAUAUUUUCUUCUUGCAUGAUUACAACUGUGACAAGACUACAGGCAAAAUACCUCAUGAGAAAACCGCUGUGGUUGAGAAAGUAAACUUGACGCUCAUUGAUUCGCCAGUCAAAAGGUAACACUGGUUGCCAAUAUUAUUGGUGCCUUCCUUUACGUUUCCGUACAAUAUAUUUUAUUAUCAAGAGAAUGGGCUUUUUUGUGCUUGUAUUAAUCGAAACUCGUUCGGUCGUUUGCUCGAGCAAGUUUUCCGGUGACCAAUGCGACCUGAACUUUCAAUUAACAAAAGUUACAAUCAAGAAUACUGCUCUCGACUUUCGACUGGAGUAUUUAAAUUAUUUCAUACAAUUCAAACAAUUAUACCUAACAAUAAAUCAGUCUGAUUUUUUUUUCUUAUCAAGGGUGUGUGUGGAUAUUGAGACGAGCGACAGCGAUGAGUGCCUUUUCAAACCAGUCUUUGCAUCAGAAAAGUGAGUCACUCAAAUAUAUAUACCAUAAAAUUUCCGUAGUAACAGUGGAGUCAUUGAACGCGUUUACGAACAAUUAACUCUGAAGGGUAUAUUUUAAUUGUCUGAUUAUUUCAAAACGAUGUCGGUGAGCGAUCACCACACCUUACACGAAACGUUAGAGAAUUUUGCCCUCCCGCUGUGGCGUUUGAGAAACCGAUGAAAUUCUUUUACUGUCUUCCAUAGAGAUGUGGCUGAAAAGGUAAAUAAGAAAGUGCUGACACACCAGUUGAACGACUCCAGCGAUAGCAGUGAAGACGAACAAGGAACUGAUUACUUGAACGACGACCCAAUGUUUCCCAUCUACCGACAGGGAUUGCUUACGGGUUUGGCUUCCAAGAAAGUGGUAGAUAUCCUCUUCCAUCCGCCUCGAGAACUUAUUGCACGUGCUGUUCCUUCCGCUGUCUCCGAAAAUUCUGUCUUUGUGGUCCAAAUAUCUGCCCCACACAUAAAGCACUUUAAAAAUAUUCUGGCGACGACCUUGGUGCAUGGAAUCCAACUGGGACGAAACAGCAAUGUAUUAUAGUAUGAUAUACUAUAUAGUAUAUAGUAUGAUACUACCGUGCUUCCACCAAGAGGAAUCCUGUUCGUAAGGCUUCCCAAUCAGAAUAUGAUGAUCAUGAGGCACAGGUCUAUAAAUGUACCAGAAGCUUCUACAGGAAUGAAUCCUCCCCCGAUUUGCAAAGGAUUUUCAUUUAUCUGACAGGUAAGACUAUUUUAACAAAUAAAUAACAGUGAGGUCCUUAUGGAAAAAUCUCAAAUGGAGGCCUAGCGGUAUUAACCUAGCGAUAGCGAGGUCAUUACGACAAGGCCUCAGUUUGAGAGGUUCCUGUCACAAUGAAUAAACAGUUGAGGUUAGUAAGACAUUUGUAACAUGGAUCAUGAAAAAAGCUUCCGAAGAAAGAGAAAGUCAAUUUAAACCAAGGGUCAAACUGCUCAAGUGAAAUAAGUAAACUAUGGCGUGCUCCGAAAAGUGCUGUGUGGCCAAAAAUAGGAAACAAAAUUAUUGACAAAAACAAAACAAAACAAAAUUUUUCUAUAUUCGAGUGAAAAACGUCCAUCUUCAAAACCUCACCGUAAAAAAAUUUACGUCCUCAUUAGUCAUAAUGUAACAAAUCUGACCAGCAAAAGGGGGUUUUAAUCAAUACAGCAUAUCACACCAGUGCACAACAUCUGGUUACCAAGUGUAUUCAAAUAUCAAAACCUUUAUUAAUUUUCAUCUUCUCCUUUUUCAGAUUCCAACGGAACGAUUCACGAUUUUGCUCUUCUGCAAUAUGUUUUUGAUGAUAAUGAACACGAAGUUAAAGUUAAACCACAUGGCAAUUUUAAAAGUCUUUCCAAAGAGUAUUACCGCACUUCGCAUACUACCAUGGAGCGGUUAAAAGAGCCCGCGAAAUCUGACUCUCCCAAGACGGUGUUUUUCAAGAGUAUCGAAGAAAAGGGAACAAUUUCAGACUUUAGCGCAGCUAGCCAUGCCAGAAAUCUAAAACAGAUAAAGAACAUUAAAAAAACCAUGGAAGAGCAACCUGGGGAUUCUACACUCGAGCUGAUAGACAUGCGAAGCAAGGAAACAGAGACAAAGACAACGCCUUCGUCCGUAAAGUAGAGACCUCGUCAGAUCCUUGUGUUGUCCUAACCACUGACCAGCAACUUAAGGACGUGGAAAGAUUUUGCACAAAUCCUAGCCAGUUCAGUAUUUUAGGAGUCGAUCCCACUUUCAAUUUUUGGAGACUAUUAUGUGACUCUUACUACAUACAGGCAUCUCCUUCUCCGAACCAAAGAAGACAAGAAUCCAGUCUGGAUUGGACCAACCCUAGUACACCACAAAAAAGAACCAUCCAGAUAUUACGAGCUCUCGUCUACCAUGAUAAAGCUGAAUGCAAAAACCCAAAAUGUUCUAGUAUAUUGUACUGACGGAGAAAAGGCAUUGGGUGAGGGUUUCGGUAGACCUCUCCCUUAUGCCCAGCAUUUACUCUGUGACCUGCAUAUGAAAGAAAACAUAGUGUCAAAAAUGAACGAACUUGGAAUACGGGGCAAACAAUCAGAAGUCAUUCUAAGUGACAUCUUCGGAGGAGAUAUUGGUUGUGAGAGGGUUCCUGGUCUUAUAGACUCGGAAAGCCCCGCCCAGUUCAUCCAAUUCAGUUCAGUUCGACCAAUCUGGAAAAAAUGAAGGAGGAGUGGCUUUCCUUACACCCACUCUCAGAGCGCUUUGUUACUUACUUUUGUAAGUAUAAAGCGGAAAUUAUAAGGCAAACGAUGACAGCUGAAUUGAGAACCAUGGCUGGUCUAGGCUGGCCACCAGGUGUAUACGAUCAGAACGGAAAUGAAUGUAUGAACUCGGUUCUACAAAGAGAGAAACAACUUACAAGGAAAAGGAAGCUUUCCAUUCCCGAAUUUGCCAGGUUGCUGCAGACGGUGGUGAAAAGACAGAGAACAGAAGAGGAUUUAGCAUUUAUUGGGCUCGGAGAGCUAAAAAUGGACAAAAAUUACGAGGAAGAGGGAAUGAAGGAGUCUGUCUUUUACGGGAAGACGAGAGCGCAACAAGAAGCGGCGCUCAAAAAAUUUCACAAUCUCCCAGUAAAGACAGUUUACAUAAUUCCUAUCAACCUGGAAAACACAAAUGAAGCGGACACAAUGUCACCAUUGAGUUGACCUCAAGAAGAUUUUGGCAUUAUUCGGGUUCCCUUCAGUAUACUAGCACGUAUGUACCAUCGUGCAUCGUUGAUUUUGGCGCGCAAAGAAGAAAACAUUCAUCCCGAUCCUGGAAGAGGGGACAAUUUGCCACGUUGUGUGGCAAACGAGGCAGUUGAUGCUCCAUCGUAUGCAGUUUGCAAGAAACGUUCUGUGCGACGUGGAACAUAUUAUGUGUGCAGCGGCACUUGUAUCGAUUUUAAAGCGUAUGACAUUUGUGCUCAUACUUUAGCUGUGGCUGAAAUGGGUCGUUCAUUGACUGAGUUCGUUCAUUGUUACAAGACAAGGAACCAAAGGCCUCCUAACGUGGAUGCCUUGAUUCACAUGGACCUCCCUCCUGGACGUGGGUCAAAAAAGACCAUGGCAACACAAAGAAGGAAAGGUGCUACAAAUAAAAAAAGAAAGGAAGUUGUGGAGAGUUACACUAACACCUCUCCAACUGAUCAAUCAGCAUCGAAUCCGGCGUCG